AAAACCUGCACAUCUUUCGUCCUCUCCAGUCCUUGAACCCUCGGUUCUCAAUUUGUUUUUUUUUUAUCAUUACGAGCACACUAUUGCAUCAUGGCAGAGCAAGCAGCCGCCCCUAUUGGGAAGAGGCUUAUGGUUCAAGUCAUUGAUGACGUGGCUGAGCGAGAUCCAGAGAGGAAAGUCUGCGCUGUGCCUAAGGGCUCCGAGAUCUCAGAUGGGUUCUUUGACUUGACAUUUAGAGAACUUGCCCAUGCAGUGAAUUAUAUGUCGUGGUGGAUUAUAGAGGCCUUUGGCCAUAGCUCCACCAUGGAGACAUUAACUUAUCUCGGAGCGAACGAUAUACGUUAUCUUGUGAUGGUAAUGGCGUGUAACAAGACGGGCUAUAAGCCCCUACUUUCAUCGACUAGAAACUCAGAUGAAGCACAUCUUCGCCUACUCGAAGUCACCAAUUGCUCAAAACUGGCAUAUAGUACAGAAAGAAGCCAGAGAGCGAUGGAAAUAAAGGUUCUUCGACCUGACUUGACGACCGUGGAAAUCCCAGCCUCAAAAGAGAUAAUCGGUGGUCCUACAACACUGUACAAAUUUUCUAAGUCUUUUGAAGAAGUCAAGGAUGAUGUGGCUUUCAUCGCCCAUAGCUCUGGUACAACUGGAAUCCCGAAACCUAUCCAACUGACUUUCGGCUACUUUGGUGCUCUGGAUGCUGGUGCCUAUGUUCCUAUCACUCCAGGACGUUUCUCGGGCGUGCCUGAUCGACUCAGCAAAGAUGACGUUAUCUUGGCCGCGGCGCCAUUCUUUCACCUCAUGGGGUUCUCGUUGCUGAUCAUAUCUGUCUUUCACGGUAUCCGUUGCGUGGUCGCGCCGGAUAAGCCAUUAUCGACUGACUUCUUGACUUCUAUGCUCAAUGCAACCAAGCCCACGGCGAUACUAUUACCACCCUGCAUCCUAGAGGAUAUGACCCUAUCGGAAGCCUCUAUGGAGGCCCUGUGGAACUUGAAGUAUGUGUUUUGGGGUGGUUCCUCUCUCUCGCCUGAGGUCGGUCGUAAGAUCAGAGAGCACACCCCGCUGACGGGCUUUAUGGGAAUGACCGAGGCUGGCUUUAUACUGUCCUUGGCUCCCGAAGACAAGGACGACUGGGAGUAUUUUGAAUGGUGGCCGACCAAUGGGAUCGAGAUGGAGUUAGUGGAUGACGACCUGUAUGAAAUGGUCAUCCACAGACAUUACGAUCCAUUCCUACAACCCAUCUUUCACACGUUCCCUGAUUUGAACGAGUAUCAUACGAAGGAUGUGUACACGCGGCACCCAACCAAGCCCAACCUGUGGAAGCUGCGUGGACGUCUAGAUGACGUUGUAUCGCUCAGUAAUGGGGAGAAGUUCAACCCAGUGACGAUGGAGAAGAUCAUCGAGGGGCAUGCCUUAGUUGCGAGAGCUGUUGUUGUAGGCAAUGGAAGAUUUCAACCAGCUCUACUUGUUGAACCCAAUUGGAAUCAAUGGAGUGAAGAUAGUCCAGUUGGGGACUUGAUCGCCCAGAUCUGGCAUACAGUUCAAGACGCAAACCGUAUCAACCCAGCCCAUGGGCGGAUUAUGAAGAACAAGAUCGGGGUGGCAUCUAAAAACAAACCGUUCCAGACUACACCCAAAGGGAGCACACAGCGACGGCUUGUCACUCGCGACUAUGAGAAGGAGAUCGAGGAUAUUUAUACAAAACAGGACGAUGAAAUUUUGGAAUAUCAAAUACCAGAGUCGGCUGAUUUGUCUGGAAUUCAGGGGUUUGUCCGAAAUGUGGUUUCAGACGCUCUUGGAUUCUCCUCGUUCUCAGACCAGACAGACUUUUACAAUUUGGGGCUCGAUUCUUUGCAGACAAUGCAGCUUAGCCGGACUUUCCAAGGCUCAAUAUGUUCAUGUCGGCCAUCGACCAAGUCUAGGGCUAUCACCGCUCAGAAUAUAUACGGCAACCCCACUGUCGAACAAUUGGCCAAGUUUAUAUACGGCGUCACUAGCAAUGCGGAGCAGAGCAUGGUAUCGCGAUCUGAAAAGAUUGAUGCUUUGGUGCAGAAAUACACGGCUGACCUGCCUGAGCGCGAAGCUAAUACACGCAAGACAACGGAUCAACACACCGUACUUCUUACUGGAUCUACCGGUUCGCUUGGGAAUUAUUUGCUCCAUACCUUAUUGAAAGAUCCUUCUGUCAUCAAAGUGUACUGCUUGAAUCGAUCAGAGGCAAGAGAUAGACAGGUGAAAAGUUUCCAAGAGAAGGGAUUAGAGUACGAUUUCAGUCAAGGACGAGUCGAAUUCCUUGUAGCAUCUUUUGGCGAGGAGAAGUUCGGCCUCAGCGGAACCAAGUAUGAAGAGAUGCUCCGUACAGUAACUACAGUUAUCCACAAUGCCUGGAGAAUGGAUUUCAACAUUUCAGUUGAUUCAUUCGAAGAUGUCCACAUUCGCGGCGUCCGUCAUUUUAUCGACUUCAGUAUACAGAGCAUACACCAUGCCCACAUCUUUUUCAUGUCUUCUAUAGGAACCAUCGGCGGAUGGAGCCUCGCCCAUGGACCAUCGGUUCCUGAAACACCCUUGGAGGAUUGUGAAUUGACUUUGCGUCAGGGAUAUGCCGAAGCAAAGCAUAUUUGCGAACGUAUCUGCCUGGCAGCGUCUCAGAAAGCGGGCGUACCAACAACGCUUUUACGUCUGGGGCAGAUUGCUGGUCCAACGACAGAAAAUGGCAUGUGGAAUAGGCAGGAAUGGCUACCGCUUAUCGUUGCUACAUCGAAGGCUAUGGGCAAGAUCCCUCGCACCUUAGGAUCAAUGCCAGUAGAGUGGACUCCAGUGGACACACUUGCUGCUAUCAUCACAGAGCUUGUUCAUACGCGCAGCACAAGCCAGAGGGACCCCGCCUGUUCUGUCUUCCACUUAGUUAACCCAUCGGCGACUUCGUGGGAAAGCCUUCUGCCCGCGAUUCAGGAGCGUUACAAUGUCCAGCGAAUUGAGAUGUGUGAAUGGGUCAAUGAGUUGGAGAGCAUCACCAACCCAUCACCAGCAGAGGUUACGGCGAAGCCCGCAUUGAAGCUACUUAACUUUUACCAAGGACUGGUGGAAGGCGAAGGAGCAUUGUCAGCUCCCAUUGAAGUGGAAAAGACAAAGGAGGCGAGCAUUACCAUGAAGUCGAUGAGACCGAUCUCGACUGAAUUGAUGGCAAACUGGGUGAAGCAGUGGAACUUCUAGUCCAAAUUUGUCCACUGUAUAUUUGUCGUAGAUGUCAGGGCUUCUUCAUUAGCAUACAUACAGGGAACAGCUAGCGACCAUAUAAACUCAUACAUAAACCCUGCACCACGAACAUA